AGAGAACCGUUUCAAGUUAUUAUAACCAAACCAAAUAACUUAUUUCGGUUAUAUUCGGUUUAAGUUUAUUAUGUUCCCAUUCCUCGUGGCUUUAUCCGUUUUCGAAAACUAUCACCGGCGACUAUGAACCGCUUCGUCGUCGUUUCAGCUGCCGUCUUCCUCCUCAUCUCCCUCGCGUAUCUUCCCCUCCUCAACCAACUCUAUUGGUCAACGCUGACAUCUCUCAUACCACCGGUUAGGGUCGUUGCGGAUUUGGUAGUCACGAAUGGAACAAUCUUCACCAGCGACAAAUCUUUACCCUUUGCUGAUUCCAUGGCCAUUCGCAACGGCAGGAUUCUCAAAGUCGGAAGCUUUACCACUCUCAAGGAUUUUGUAGGAGAUGGGACUGUGGGGGUGAAUCUGGAAGGGAAGGUUGUAGUGCCUGGACUUAUUGAUUCACAUGUUCAUUUGAUUUCUGGGGGACUGCAGAUGGCUCAAGUUGGACUCAGAGGAGUGAGUCAAAAGGAAGAGUUUUGCAAAAUGGUGAAAGACGCGGUGCAGAAUGCAAAAGAAGGCUCAUGGAUUCUUGGUGGUGGAUGGAACAAUGAUUUCUGGGGAGGAGAGUUGCCCUCUGCGUCAUGGAUUGAUGAAAUCUCUCCUCAUAAUCCUGUUUGGUUGAUUAGGAUGGAUGGUCAUAUGGCUUUGGCGAAUUCCCUCACCCUUAAGAUUGCUGGUGUUACCAGUUUAACGGAAGAUCCAGUUGGUGGAACCAUAAUGAGAUUGCCUAGUGGCGAGCCUACAGGUCUUUUGAUAGAUGCUGCUAUGGAGCUUGUCACUUCCUUCGUUAAAGAAGUCUCGGUGGAUGAACGUAGGGAAGCACUUGUUAGAGCUAGCAAGUAUGCUUUGACUAGAGGUGUGACAACUGUUGUUGAUCUUGGAAGAUAUUAUCCUGGCACUACAGAUGAGCUCUCCUGGAUUGACUUUGAAGAUGUCUAUCUAUGGGCUGACUCAACGAAGAAGAUGAUGAUACGUACUUGCUUGUUUUUCCCCAUCACGACAUGGUCACGUUUAUCGGAUCUUAAGCUUCAGAAGGGACAUGUAUUGAGUGAAUGGUUGUACCUCGGUGGCGUCAAAGCAUUUAUUGAUGGCUCUCUAGGUUCCAACAGUGCUCUUUUCUACGAGGAAUAUAUUGACACACCUAACAAUCAUGGGUUAGAAGUGAUGGAUCCUGAGAUACUUUCAAACCUCACAAUGGCAGCUGACAAAUCAGGGCUUCAGGUUGCUAUCCAUGCUAUAGGAGACAAAGCAAAUGAUAUGAUUCUUGACAUGUACGAAUCCGUUGCUGCAGCCAAUGGAGAACGGGAUAGAAGAUUUAGGAUUGAGCAUGCGCAACAUUUAGCAACAGGAUCUUCCGCCAGGUUUGGUCGACAUCACAUUGUAGCCUCAGUGCAGCCAGAUCAUUUGCUUGAUGAUGCUGAUACUGCUCCUAAGAAGCUCGGUUUUGACAGAGCUGAAAAGGAGUCUUAUCUAUUUCAUUCUCUCUUAAAUGGCAAUGCACUUGUGGCUUUUGGUUCAGACUGGCCUGUGGCUGACAUUAACCCGUUGCACAGUAUCAGAACCGCGGUUAAACGAAUACCUCCCAAGUGGGAUCACGCUUGGAUUCCAUCUGAAUGCAUCUCUUUCACCGAUGCCUUGACUGCGUACACGAUAUCAGCGGCACGAGCAGCCUUUCUUGAUGAUCACUUGGGGUCUUUAUCUCCAGGGAAGCUUGCGGAUUUUGUAAUAUUGUCAACGAAUUCGUGGGACGAGUUCUCAAAAGACGGCUCUGCUUCGGUGUUAGCAACGUACGUAGGAGGAAAGCAAGUGCACCCUUGAGUUGGUGAAAUCCAUAUUCCAUACACAAGUGUUGUGAACUAAGUAUCUGACAAGUCAGUUCUCUGUUUGCCUAUGCGCCUUGUGUAGUAUGUACCGAUAUAAACUUUAGCCCACCAGUUACAGUAUAAUCGAUAUAUAAACACCAGUUUUGCUCAAAGAUUUUCACAAAAUCAGAUGUUACAUUAAUGUUACAAAAGGUACAUUAUACACUA